UACAUUUUAACCACAGCUUGUAAGACACGGCGUGGAGUUUGAUCCUUUGGCAAGUCGCUAAAUCGUGACACGCUGCAUUGUUUGGGUCGGACAGCUCCAGUCGAGGUCCAGCUGGAAUGAUCCAGUAUUGCGUUGAGUGAAAGAUGAGCUUUGGCCCUGCAGCGGAGCACAGCGGCACCAUGGGCCCGUCUCCAUCGCCCUCUCCAGGAAACCCGUCCACUCUGGGGACUGUGGACAUCGUGGUGCUGGUGGUCUACUUUUUACUCAUACUGGCUGUUGGCUUCUGGUCCAUGUGCAGGACGAAGCGCAGCACGGUGGACGGAUACUUCCUGGCUGGGAAGAACAUGACAUGGUGGCCGGUGGGUGCUUCGCUGUUCGCCAGUAACAUUGGCAGUGGACACUUCAUUGGCCUGGCCGGGUCGGGCGCGGCUGCAGGCAUCGGCGCCAUCGCCUACGAGUGGAAUGGCAUGCUGAUGGUGCUGCUGCUGGGAUGGCUCUUCCUGCCCAUCUACAUUGCUUCUGGGGUGACAACGAUGCCGGAGUAUUUGCAGAAGCGCUACGGUGGCAGAAGAACUCAGCUGUUCAUAGCCGUCCUGUCCCUGUUCAUCUACAUCUUCACAAAGAUCUCGGUGGACAUGUACGCGGGCGCCGUCUUCAUCCAGCUGGCCCUGCGCUGGAACAUCUACCUGGCUGUGGUGCUGCUGCUGGCCGUCACCGCCCUCUACACCGUAGCAGGCGGCCUGGCUGCGGUCAUCUACACCGACGCCGCUCAAACCGCCAUCAUGCUGGCCGGGGCGCUCGUCCUCAUGGGCUUCAGCUUCGCGGAGGUCGGGGGCUGGAACGCGCUGAUGGAGGGAUACGCCCGCGCCGUCCCGUCCGUCGCCGUGCCCAACUCCACCUGCGGCGCCCCUCGAGACGACGCCUUCCACAUAUUCAGAGACCCGGUGAGCUCGGACCUGCCGUGGCCCGGCCUGCUCAUCGGCAUGUCGCUGCCCUCCAUGUGGUACUGGUGUUCUGACCAGGUGAUCGUGCAGCGCUCUCUGGCUGCGAAGACCCUGAGCCACGCCAAAGGAGGCUCGCUGCUCUGUGCCUACGUUAAGAUCCUGCCCUUCUUUGCCGUCAUGCUGCCGGGGAUGAUCAGCAGGAUCCUCUACACAGACGAGGUGGCGUGCGCUGACCCAGAGCUGUGCAGACAGAUCUGUGGGAACCCGGUGGGCUGCUCCGACACGGCCUACGCCAAACUGGUCAUGGAGCUGCUGCCUGCAGGACUGCGGGGUCUGAUGAUGGCGGUGAUGAUCGCGGCCCUCAUGUCCUCUCUGACCUCCAUCUUUAACAGCUCCAGCACCAUCUUCACCAUGGACCUCUGGAAGAGUUACAGGUCACAUGCAUCUGAGUGGGAGCUCAUGAUUGUGGGCAGGGUCUUUGUGCUGCUCCUGGUUGUGGUGUCCGUGCUGUGGAUCCCUGUGGUACAGGCCAGUCAGGGAGGGCAGCUCUUCAUCUACAUCCAGUCAAUCAGCACCUACCUCCAGCCCCCAGUCUCCAUCAUCUUCCUCCUGGGCUGCUUCUGGAAGAGGACCAACGAGAAGGGUGCAUUCUGGGGCCUGGUUGUCGGUAUGUUGGUGGGUUGCACUCGCAUGUUGUUGGACUUCAUCUACCCUGCCCCGCUGUGCUACGAGGAUGACAACCGGCCCGUGGUGUUGAAACAUGUGCAUUACCUCUACUUCUCCACCCUGCUGUCAUUCAUUACCCUAAUUGUGGUCGUUGGAAUCAGUUUGGCCACAGAGGAGCCCAAACCUGAGCAGAUCAGUCGCCUCACCUGGUUCACAAGAUUUGACCCUGUGACGCCCAAAGAGCACGUCUUCUCAGUGGAGCAAAGCAGCAGGAACUUGGACAUGAACACCACGGCGGAGGAUGAGAUGGAGGAUGAACCAGUGCGCUCCCUCAGGAAAGACCGUCCGUCCUCCGCCUGCAGCAUCGGGAGCCAGUCCAGGCUGAUGUCUGCCCUCUACUGGCUGUGUGGAAUGGAACGGCAGAAGGAGGGAGAGAGUGACGCGCCGCCGCCUGCACCUGAACAGGCCGCCUGCUCUUUGGAAGAAAAGCCACGUCUACAGCACGUUGUAAACGCCAACCUCAUCAUUUGCCUCUCUGUAACUGCCUUUAUCGUUGGCUACUGGGCUUGACAGGUACAGUACACGGUCACUGCCCAGAGUUAUGUACAGAUUUUAGUUUUCUUUUUGCAGAAUAUGUAAAUGCAUUUCCCUGCCAGUUGAAUAUGACCACACAAUGGCUGUCAAAACAUGUGGUUACUUGUGUUUUAUUAGU